CCUUCCGAGAAACUUUGUCACCCGUGAAGCGUAAAGCGUAUGAACUAGUGGCGCGGAGGUUCAUGGGAAAUGCGUUCAAAUAAACCAUGCAUGACGCAGAAGCUUUCUUGGCACUGGAAACUUGCUUGACGCGGGAGUUUGUUUGACGCGGGAUUUUUAAAAGAGCCAUUAUGGCCGACGCAGUACGCAUUAACGUAAUGCUUAAAGUGUAUAAGCACGAGAACAAAAAUCAAUGUUCCAUGUUCUCUUUGAAAGAAAUACCAAUAUUCAAAAAUGUCCAAGAGUUUAAAAGCUAUUUAGUGAAAAAACACGCUGAAGAAAUAAGCCCAGCAAAGGACAUCAGCAGUUUUGACCUUGGUUAUUAUGGCACGAGAGGAAGAAAACUGACCAUUUGUACAGAGGAACACCUAAGUGAGGCCUAUUUAACUGAAAGCCUAAACUAUGUCACAUUUUGGUUGAAGCCACAUACGCAUUUCGAAAAAACAAGUUUGCCAAAGAAACGAGAGACUGUGGACGAGGACGAAGUCAUGUGUCUUGAUUUCAAGGCGUCAAAAAACAAGAAGAAGAAAAAUGAUUCCGUCGAAGAAGACAAGGGCCUUUUCAAUAACUAUUUGUCGAGGCUACGUGAAACACAUGGCUCAGUUCUUAGCGAUUUUAAACUGAAAUGUUGGGCUAGAAUGUUGGUAAAUGGGAGUCACCGCGACGACACCGUACCUCCGAAUGCUGCUUUUUUUGCACUAGAGUCUACAGGUGCAGUUCCUUCUACAUCCAAUAGGACUCCCAUUGUGACCACGACUUCAACUAGUAGUUCUACCUCACUUCAGUCGGCCAGAACACAAGUGGAUUCUGCCAUUGAAUCAAAUGAAACAAAGAAGCUCGAGGGAUGAUUCUUCAACAGCUUGUGGAGUUGAAGAACCUUAAAGAUGCCAAUGUACUUACCAAUGAUGAGUUUGAGGAACAGAAGAAGAAGAUGUUAGAAGAUCUCAAGAAACUUUAAUUAUUAUUUGACAAUAAUGUAAAAUGUUUUAUGGUUGUUUUGUUUGUUACUGAGUAUCAUUUACAUGCUUAUUUGUCAUUUGCAAAUAAGUACACGGAGGGCUUUACAAGCAAUCUGUAAAUCUUAGAUAGUUUCUAAUGUCUGCAUCAGAGAUUUGCAUGAAGGCUUCAAACACCAUUUCCUCUGGAUCAUCACGACACACUUGCCACACAACAUCAUUUCCUCGAAUCCAACUCUUUGCUUGAGAGAAAACGUUCUCACAUGGAUUGAAGUCAGGACUGUAAGAUGGCAAGAAUACCACAASAGCGCCACUAGCAAUUAUAGCUUGAACUACACGACGA